ACAUUGUUAGCAACAUUAAAAAUAAACUAAAUGUUCUUUAUUUAAAAACUAUGACAUUAUUGAUUUUUGUUACUAUAGAAACACUCUUCAUAAUACCUUCGAAAUGUAACGUGCUCCCAUUAUUUCAGCUGGAAUAAAUCUUUAUUUUCCUAAUACAUUUCUUCUCGCCGACGGCGCAAUUAAAGAAGAAGAAAUGUAAUAUUAUCGUUUUUUUCUUUCGCCGUCUUGCAAGGCUGAGCGGCGCAAUACGAAGAAAAACGCAAGAUUCAAGGCUCCGCCAUAUGGUCCUUCAACGGAAAAGAUCAGCGCCGAAGAUGGAAUCACGCAGUAAAUUACAUUGAAGGUCAGAAAUCAUUCUUUAUCUCGUCGACUUGAAUGAAGAGCCGAGCGGCGCUAUAUAAAAGGAUAAAGAAUGCAGUAAUACAUUUUUUCUCGCCAACGGCGCAAUUAAAGAAGAAGAAUUGUAAUAUAUCGUUUUUUCUUUCGUCGUCUUGCAAGACUGAGCGGCGCAAUACGAAGAAAAACGCAAGAUUCAUAUAACGCAAUGAUGCACCAACUAGCGCUAUCAUGAAAGCGCGUGCAAGCAACAUUUAAAUCGUUUCGUCUACAUUGUGGUAAACGUGCAAUCUUGAACGCAUCCCUUCGUGCUCGUGCGGGCGGCAGCAUUGCGCAGUCAUCGAGUGCGACUAGCUCCUCGACCAAUCGCAGCGCCGUACGUGAACGCCGAGAACGCAACACACUGCGCUUCAACUCACAGCCACUGACGUGACGACGCCAUUAUUCGUUUCGUGUUUGAACUAUUUAAUUUCUUUACCGUAAAACAUAUUUAGUAAAUUAGUUGUGUAUUGGUGUAUUCCAGUAGUGUGAAAUUGUAAUAUUUAAGUGUAUUAGUGAUUGUUUAAGGCAUUUUAUACAAAAUUGUAAUCGUAAAAAUGUCAGAGGCUGAACAGAAAGAAGCCAUAGCGGCGCGAGGUCGCGCUAAAGCCUCUAUCACGCGCUUGAAAAACAGCCUUGACCGCGAAGCGCUCAUAAAUUCACCGAUAGAAUUAGUUACAGUAAAAAGGGCUAGACUUUUAGAUGCCUUUUCUGACUACGAACGCCUUACUAGCAAGGUUGCCUCGCUUUUUUCUUCCCCACCAGCUACCCUCGCCAGCGAUGACGAGGAGGUGGAAGAUAACUACAUUUUGUUGGUAGCGCAGCUAGAUAGCAUCAUAAAUGUUAUCCGCCAAAGGGACAAUCCUCAAGUGAACGCCACAAGCAGCAGCGCAACUGGAGUAAGUGUAAAGUCGGAGAACCUCAAACUGCCUCGGAUCGUGAUAAAAACAUUCACAGGUAAAUACACAGAAUAUUACGAAUUUAUAAACAUGUUCACAGCCAUGAUCGAUAAGUGUACUUCUUUUUCAGCAGUGCAAAAGCUAUAUUAUCUUAAAGGUUUUUUAAGCGAUGAACCGCUCGAUUUAAUAAAAAAUCUACCAUUAGAAGACAACAGCUACCCAGAAGCAUUGUGCUUGCUGAAAGAACGAUACGAUAAUAAAGUUCGAAUUACCCAAGAACAUAUAAAUACACUGCUAGAUAUGCCUACAAUCACGCGAUCUAAUGUCACUAAUUUACGAAAUUUUAUUUCAGUUGUAAAACAGCAUCUUGCUGCUCUGCGAAACUUGGGUGAGCCUGUAGAUAAGUGGGAUGCCAUAAUCAUUUGCAUCCUAUCUAAGAAGAUCGACCUGCCUACCUACAGAGCAUUUCAACUGGAGCGAAAUAACAAUGAGUCACCCACGAUUCUCCUGACACAGCCGGAGUCCAAUAAUGGAAACCUAGCAACCUUCCAGCCUACAGUGACUGCAGGCAGUGCAAGUACUUUAGCACCGAGCAUUACAACCUCGAGUGCUGCAACUACGAGUACUUCAAUAGCAUGUGCCGCUACAUCACAAGGACCUACGCUUGUGCAGACAGCAUUUGGCGUAAUCAUUGCCGGCCGCACGCAGCUACCUGCAAGAAAUUCUGAUCAGGUCACAUCUUUGUUUUGUAGUAAAUGCAAUGACAAUUUAAGCGAACAGUUAAGUGCAUUUUGGGAAACUGAAAAAGUACCUGAAAUUUUUCCAGAAAAAUUACCAGAGCAAGAUUACUGUGAAAAGCUUUUUAGGGAAACCACAAAGCUAGUGGAUAAUAAAUAUGAGGUCUCACUGCCCACCAAGGUCCCUUUAGAGCAAAUCAACUCUGAGUUAGGGGAAUCUUUUCACUUAGCACUCAAUAGGUUUCUUAAUCUAGAAAAGAGGUUACACAUGCCAAAAAAUCAAGCUCUUUUCACUGAAUACAAAAAAUUUAUAGAUCAAUAUGUUGAUUUAAAUCAUGGAGAAUACAUUGACAUAAAUAAAUAUGAUUUAACUAAAGAUCCUGUGAACUUUGUCCCUCAUCACCCCGUGAUUCGCUUAGAAGCACGGACUACAAAGCUCCGUUGUGUUUUUGACGCUUCAAUGCGCACAAAUAAGAAAGUUUCUUUGAAUGAUAUGCUUCUAAAUGGCCCUGUGGUGCAGAGAGAUCUGUUUGACAUACUAAUAUUGUUCAGAGCUGACAAACUCUUUUUUAUUUGUGACAUAAAAUCAAUGUUCCGCUGUGUUAAUUUAAAUCCAGCUCAACGAUCACUACAAAACAUUCUUUGGCGAGAGUCCAAAAAUAAUGACAUAAGGUGUAUUCAACUUAACACGGUAACUUACGGCAUGAAACCAAGUUCCUGGUUAGCCACAAAAUGUCUUAGUGAUCUUGCAGAAAGAAAUGAACAUUCUAUGCCAUUGGCAGCGUCAGCUAUAAGAAACAACACAUAUGUUGACGAUAUUCUAGUAUCUUGCAGCUCUGAACAAGAACUAGUACAAACGCAAUCACUGUUGGUCAAUAUGCUCAAUCUGGGAAGUUUUCACUUGCACAAAUGGGCCUCGAAUUGCAUGCUAGUCUUAGAGAGUGUACCCAAAGAAAGUCACUACUUAGGAGAAGUAGAUCUCCAAAAAGAUCAUGCCUUUGUGAAGACGCUAGGCAUUCACCUAGAUGUCAAGUCUGAUGUCUUCAAAAGCACACGCCCUGAGCCAUACAAUAGUUCAAACGAUUGUAAACGCGACAUUUUGAGCUUUAUAAGCAAAUUUUACGAUCCAUUAGGUCUAAUAGGUCCUGUUUUCGUUCGCGCAAAGGUUAUUAUGCAAAUGUUAUGGGCAGCUCAUGAUCUGAAUUGGGAUUCCACUCCUCCAGAUAACAUUCGUAAAGUAUGGACUGACUAUUGAUGAUCUCUCUCUGAUGGAGCCAGUAGUCAUACCGCGUUGUGUCAAGUCAGAGCAAACAGUGGCCAAUCAGCUGAUUGGAUUCGCUGAUGCCUCGUCAGUGGCCUAUGGCUGCUGUUUGUACUUGCGCACAAUAGAUGAGCAUGAUAAUGUACGUACUGAGCUAUUAUGUUCAAAGUCUCGAAUUAGUCCAUGUAAGAAAUUACUUAGUACUGCAAGACUUGAAUUGAAUGCUAGCUUGCUCUUAUCUGGUCUAGUAAAACGGGUUCAUGACACUCUGACAAUAAAAUUAGACAUUCAUGAAAUCCAUCUCUUCUCUGACAGUCAAAUAGUGCUGGCAUGGCUAAAGACAGACGUUGCAAAAUUGAUGACAUACGUCGCAAAUAGGGUCCGAGCCAUCAAAGAGUUGACAGAUGGCUAUCAUUGGCAUUAUGUAAACACUAAUGACAAUGCGGCGGAUUGCCUCAGCAGGGGUCUCUUGCCUCAAGAUAUCGCAGGCCACGCCAUAUGGUGGCGGGGCCCGAUAUUCCUGCAUAAUAAAAAUUAUAUUUUUUCAGAAGAAUCACCCAUGCCUACCGAUUUGCCAGAACUGAAACCUGAUCAUACUAGUGCUCUGUGCCUUACAACCACGACGCACGACCCUGAUCUCUUUCAAAUAAUAAAAAAGUUCUCUACUAUAGCGAAAAUGACUCGUGUUCUUGCAUAUAUCCUUAGGUUUUGCAAUAAUGUUAAACCAACUUCUGAGAAUCUUAAAGGCUUCUUAACUAUAGUCGAACUCAACAAGGCCCUCAUGUUAAUAGUCAAACAUGAGCAAGCUCAAUUCUUUUCAGAUGACUUAAGUAUGUUGCGAUCUGGCAAGCAGCUUAAAGGUAAUUUAAAACCACUAACUCCCUUCCUUGAUGGUGAAGGCAUCAUACGAGUUGGUGGUCGAUUGCAAAAUGCGUUGCUUCCUUAUGCUGCACAGCAUCCGGCAAUAUUGCCAAAACAGUCGCCUAUAACAAACUUGCUUAUAAGAAAUGAACAUAUAUGUUUACUACAUGCAGGACAAAAGUUAGUCUUGUGUUCUCUAAGGCAAAGGUUCUGGAUAGUAGAUGGUUUACGUACUGUAAAAAAGAUUAUACAUAAGUGUAUAAUAUGUUUCAGACUGAAGGCGACUGCAGCAGCUCAGCUGAUGGGUUCGUUGCCUGCAGCACGCGUCACUGCCUCGCGCGUGUUCCAGAGGGUAGGCCUCGACUUCGCUGGGCCGGUCUCAGUCAAGAAUAGCCGCAUCAGAAAACCAGUAAUUGGAAAGGGAUACAUAGCUCUGUUCGUAUGUUUCACUACCAAGGCUAUACAUCUUGAGCUCUGUAGUGAUUUAACGACCGAGUGCUUUCUCGCUUGCUUCAAACGCUUCAUAGCGCGUCGUAACCUGCCCAGCGAGGUCUAUUGUGAUAAUGCAUCUACAUUCAAGGGUGCAAGGAAUAAAUUAGCCGAGUUGUAUCGCCUGCAUGCUUCUCAAACCCAUAAACAAACUGUGACCUCAUUCGCAGCUCAAAAGGGCAUACAAUUUCAUUUUAUUCCUAGCUAUAGUCCGGUGUUUGGCGGUAUAUGGGAAAGCGGAGUGAAGAGUGCGAAGCACCACCUUAAACGUGUCAUAGGUAAAAGUCUCCUCACCUAUGAACAGCUUAAUUCCGUGCUUGUUGAGAUAGAGGGCGUACUUAAUGCCCGGCCCAUUACAGCGGUAAGCAAUGAUCCAGAAGACUUUUCAUAUCUCUCUCCAGGACAUUUCCUUACUGGUGCUCCUCUAAAUACUUACCCAGAACAAGAUGUAAGUAAUAAACCCACUAAUUUGCUUAGGUUCUGGUCUACCAUAACCUGUAUGAAGCAAACCUUCUGGAAGUAUUGGAGUAAGCAUUAUUUAAAUCAAUUACAAAACCGACCUAAAUGGCAAUCGGUUACGCCAAAUGUAGCUAUUGAUAGUUUAGUCAUACUGCGUAGCGACAAUUCACCUCCUCUCGAGUGGCCCAUGGCGAGGGUAACUAACUUGUUUCCAGGAAAGGACGGUAUAGUACGCGCAGUCGAAGUACGCUUGGCAAAUGGUCAUACUCAUAAUAGGUCAAUCACAAAAAUAUGUGUACUGCCUAUAGAUUUAUAAACUAUUAUGAAGGUAUACAUAUGUAUUUAUUUUUAGUGUAAACAAAGAGCUUUUGUUUACAUCUACUAAGCUAUGGGUUGAUUUAUAUGCGCUCGGUCUUAGUGCUAUUUAAUUUUGUUAAAUGUUAAUAAUUAAAUGUUAAACUUAAACAUGCCUUUAAAAUGUAAAUGUAAAAUAGAACUGAAAUGUAAUAUUAUAACAUGAUGUUUAGCGUGUGCGUAACAUAAAUGUAACUUUAAGUUUAUCUUAUCUUCUAGUAUACUAUGCAUAUCUUGUUAACUUAUGUUAAAUGUUGCUCAUGUUAAUACGCUUUUAAUUUAAUAGGAUUUCAUUUUAUUCUCGAGGCGCAAUAAUGUUAGCAACAUUAAAAAUAAACUAAAUGUUCUUUAUUUAAAAACUAUGACAUUAUUGAUUUUUGUUACUAUAGAAACACUCUUCAUAAUACCUUCGAAAUGUAACGUGCUCCCAUUUCAGCUGGAAUAAAUCUUUAUUUUCCCUA